AUGGAGGCUGAUUCAACAAAAAAUGAAUUCAAGGAAGGCGAAGAAGUCCCAGACAACGCCGCUUCAACCCCAAAAGCUAAAGUACAUUUUUGGUCUUUAAUGAAAUAUGCCUCAAAAAAAGAGAUAUUAAUACUGUCAGUUGGAGUAUUAAUGAGUUGUGGUGUUGGUUCCUCAAUGCCAAUUACAUUUUUUGUCUUUUCGGAUCUUGUUAACGAUUUCCUUGGUUCAAUUUUGGGUGGAACUUUUUCAUUUACACCAAUUAUUAAUACCUUUGCCAUCAUUGGAGCCGUAACAUUCGUUGUUGCAUUUAUACAAAUGCUUUGCCUCCAAUCAAAUGCUAAAUUGCAAGCAAGAAAAAUUCGUCUUCUACUAUAUGAAAGAAUUCUAGCCCAAGAUGUGGCUUGGUUCGAUGAACAAAAUGUCGGCAGUUUAAUUACAAAACUCACAGAAAAUAUCGAUAAAAUUGAGGCUGGUAUCGGCGAAAAACUGGGAAUUUUCAUCCAAUGUAUUAUCAUUUUCGUCAGCGGUCUCAUAAUCGCAUUCACCAAGAACUGGAAGCUCGCUCUGGUGGGUUGUGCUGUGUUUCCUCCAAUUGCAAUUGGUUUUGGCAUUCUGGGGAUUAUUGUACGAAAGUACACAAAUCGUACAAUAGCAGCAUAUGAACGCGCGAAUAGUAUUGCAAGUGAAGCCCUUGGUGCCAUUCGAACAAUUUUAGCUUUUGAAGGGCAGAAAUCGGAGCAAGAACGCUAUAUGUCACAACUUAAUGAAACUGAAAAAUGUGGGAUUAAAAUGUCCGUCAGUAUAAACGGAAUACUCGGAAUGUCCGAAGCCUUUAUCUAUUUCCUUAUCUCAAUAACUUUCUAUUAUGGUAUUGUUUUAUUGAAUGCCAAUGAGUCAAAUGCUGGUGACAUUAUUAUGGUGGUAUUCAUCAUGCUAAUUGGUGCAAUUACGGUCGGCCAGGCUCUAUCUCAAGUCGAUUCGUUCAAUAUUGCCAUGACUUCAGCUGGUGAAGUAUUCCCCAUAAUUGAUCGCAUUCCAUCGGUCAACAAGACUGGCGGCGGUACGAUUUUGAAAGAUCUGAAAGGCGAAAUUACUUUCAAAAAUGUGCAUUUCUCAUAUCCUACCAGAAAGUCGGCGAAAGUUUUGAAUGGUCUCACACUGAAUAUCAAGGGUGGUCAAACGGUUGCAAUUAUCGGCGCAAGUGGUUCAGGAAAGAGCACAGUAAUUCAGCUCAUUCAACGAUUCUAUGAUGCAGAUGAUGGAUCUAUUUUAAUCGAUGGGCAUGAUAUACGUGAGUUGGAUAUUGCCUGGUUCCGUGAGCAGAUGGGUGUGGUCUCACAGGAACCUGUCCUCUUUGCUGGCACUGUAACUCAGAGUAUCAAAUUGGGCGCCCCAGAUGCUACUGAUGAGGAAAUAGAAGAAGCCGCCAAACAGGCGCUUGUUCAUGAAUUCGUCUGCAAACUUCCUGAUCAAUAUGAAACGUUUAUAGCAGAAGGGGGUGGUGCCAUGUCUGGCGGUCAGAAACAACGUCUUGCCAUCGCAAGGGCCCUGGUACGAAAGCCAAAAAUUCUUCUACUCGACGAGGCUACAUCAGCUUUGGAUACGCGAUCUGAAAAGUCGGUGCAAAGGGCACUUGACAACGCCAAGAUCGGUCGAACCGUCGUCAUGGUGGCACAUCGUCUUUCCACGGUGCGAGAUGCUGACGUCAUUAUUGUCGUUAAUAAGGGCGUUGUUGUUGAGGCUGGCAACCACGAUGAGCUUAUGGCACUCAAAGAUGGCGAGUACGCCAAGCUUAUAAAAAUUAGCGGUACGAAUGAAAACAAGAAGGCAGAAUUUCAGGAGAGCGAUUCAGAAAGUGAAGAUGAUGAAACUGUUGCAAGAAAAAUGGCAGAAGAUCAGGCAUGCCCACGAUAUGUUUCACUCCGAAAUCAGCAAAACUUUUUUUCUUCGCAAUCGAGUGUGUUACACGAUGACGCAUCUUCAAUCAGUGAUGCCAAAUCAGUUGAGACAACCAUGGGAGAAGCUGCAAAAACACAAGUCACGAAGGAAAUUAUUAAAAUGAAUGCCCCAGAAAAGUCUUAUAUGAUAGCAGGUUUCAUUCUAUCUAUAAUUUCCGGAGGUGUACAAGCAAGUUACGCAGUCCUCGUAACAGAAAUCUACGAUAUUUUUAGCGAACUGAACGGCAAUAAAAGGCUGGAGAGAACGGCAGUUCUUUCUGGAGUUCUUGGAGCUCUAGGCAUUGUUCGCUUUCUCUGUCUACUUGGAGGU